GUGUAUGAGGCCAUCGACAGCCGUGAUGGCGCGUCGUGUGCAGAACUGGUGUCCUUCAAGCACCCUCACGUUGCAAACCCACGGCUCCAGAUGGCGUCUCCGGAGGAGAAGUGUCAGCAGGUCCUGGAGCCGCCAUACGAUGAGAUGCUCGCAGCCCACCUACGGUGCACGUAUGCGGUGGCAAACCACGACUUCAUAGAGGCCUACAGGUGCCAGACGGUGAUAGUGCAGUCCUUCCUGCGGGCGUUCCAGGCCCACAAAGAGGAGAACUGGCCCCUGCCAGUCAUGUACGCCGUGGCGCUUGACCUGCGGAUAUUCGCCAAUCACGCAGACCAACAGCUGGUGAAGAAAGGGAAGAGCAAGGUGGGGGACAUGCUGGAGAAGGCCGCCGAGCUGCUGAUGAGCUGCUUCCGCGUCUGCGCCAGCGACACGCGCGCCGGCAUAGAGGACUCGAAGAAGUGGGGCAUGCUGUUCCUGGUGAACCAGCUGUUCAAGAUCUACUUCAAGAUCAACAAGCUCCACCUGUGCAGACCGCUGAUCCGUGCGAUCGACAGCUCCAACCUGAAGGACGGCUAUAGCACGGCACAGCGGGUCACCUACAAGUACUACGUCGGACGCAAGGCCAUGUUCGAUAGCGACUUCAAGCAAGCUGAGGAGUGCCUGUCCUUCGCUUUCGAGCACUGCCACCGUUCGAGUCAGAAGAACAAGAGGAUGGUCCUGAUCUACCUGCUCCCGGUGAAGAUGCUGCUGGGCCACAUGCCGACCAUCGAGCUGCUGAGAAAGUACCACCUUAUGCAGUUCGCGGAGGUCACCAAAGCUGUCAGCGAGGGCAACCUGCUCCUGCUCCAUGAGGCGCUGGCCAAGCACGAGCCCUUCUUCAUCCGCUGCGGCAUCUUCCUCAUCCUGGAGAAGCUCAAGGUCAUCGCCUACAGGAACCUCUUCAAGAAAGUGUACCUGUUGCUCAGGACGCACCAGCUGUCCCUGGACGCUUUCCUAGUGGCCUUGAAGUUCAUGCAGGUGGACGACGUGGACAUCGACGAGGUCCAGUGUAUCCUGGCCAACCUGAUAUACAUGGGUCACAUCAAGGGCUACAUUUCGCACCAACACCAGAAGCUGGUGGUCAGCAAGCAGAACCCCUUCCCGCCACUCUCCACGGUGUGCUGACAGGCACCGCGGUCCAGCUGGUUCCUGAUUGUGGUCCUGCUGGUGGCUGUCCCCCUGCGACCUCAUCUCAGGAGCAAGGGUCUCCAGGGGCUUGUCCAGAGCUGGCAGCUCGGCCCAGGGUCUGGGAAUUCUGUGUCCAUGACUGAAGUCCACUCGACAGCAAGACUUGAGCUUCCAGGAGCACCAGCCUGCCGCCGGCCCCGGGUGGUGCGUCCUGGCCCUGCGUCCUGCGGAUGCUGUCCCUCCCAGUCUCUCCUGAUGUCUGUAGUGCUAUUAAAAGGUUGUCUCGGUCCCCACAAA